UCAUGGAACUGUCUGAAGUAUAUGUUAAUAUUAAGAGACCCAGAGGAAAACACGGCAAGAGGACGAGGGGGAUAAAAACUUCAGAAAGUAUUUAUCAGAAUUUUUUGAUUGUCCAAAAAGAAUCAAACGGGACCCAAAGGGAAUCUGCAGAAAAAGUUGCUGGUGAUGUAAAGAAGACUUCCUACAAAGCUGCUGCUGUGUUUUUUGGUGUGCUGUGUCUUCUCCUCCUGGCUGGACUCAUACUUCUAGUUGUCCUGUUUAUUAAGAUCAAUCUGACCAAACAAAACGACCAGUCACCAACCAGUGACAACUAUGUGACCCAAGGAACAGACCAGUCACCAACCAGUGACAACUAUGUGACCCAAGGAACAGACCCGUCACAAACCAGUAACAACUAUGUGACCCAAGGAACAGACCAGUCACCAACCAGUGACAACUAUGUGACCCAAGGAACAGACCAGUCACCAACCAGUGACAACUAUGUGACCCAAGGAACAGACCCGUCACCAACCAGUAACAACUAUGUGACCCAAGGAACAGACCCGUCACCAACCAGUUACAACAAUGUGACCCAAGGAACAGACCAGUCACCGACCAGUUACAAUGCCACAACAUCAACAUGGCUCAAGAAUGAGACCAGUGACCUUACAAGACAAUCUGUUUAAAGAGAGAGACCAGCUGCGGGAAGGAUUUAAAUGCAUGACCAAAAGGAUGUUCUUCAGAAAUGGCCUUUCGGAAAGAAUGCUCUUGAGCGUGGCAAACCCCUUCAGAAGCAGCUUCACAGAAGCAGCUUCACAGAAGCAGCUUCACUUUAACUUGACAGAUACAUGAAGCCCUCAAAUGGUAUGAUCAAAUUUCGGUAUAAAAUGAAAAUGUGUGACUUUGACAUCAUCUGGUGGACUUCACCAGAAAAGAUAUAGUCAAGUCUGAAUCAUAGAGUCUCACUUUUUUUUCACUACGACUGAUCGUAUGUUGAAAUUCCUCUAAAACUUCCAACAGUUCAAAUGGGCAGUGAAACAGGAAUUCCCCUGUUAAAGAAAAUGUGACUGAAAGCUUCUGAAACAAUCAAUGGAAUUCGUAUUGAAUUUUUUUUUUUUUUUUUUUUUUUUUGGUAAAAACAAACAAUAGUGCUUUACUAGAACCAGUGACUUCUUUGAUUUGAUUUCAUAUUUUAGAGUAAUUUUGUAAAAAGAAUAAGCCUGUAAACAAUCACAAUACAAUGUCUUUUUGAACAUUCAUACAAAUGUGAGUCUCAAAACCACUGCUUACUAUGUAAAGGUUGGA